GUUCUAUGUUUGUGUUCAUGUAUCUCUCCAAUAAUUAGUUCUAUGAUUUUGUGCUGUUUAAAGGUUUAACCGAGCAUCUAACAUAGUGGAUUCAAUUUUUAUCUUAUUAAUACUUCAUCAGGAUGGCUAGUCCAUCACCUCAAAACAGUCCUAUGCCGCCGCCCCAGGCGCCGAGCCCUAUGGGACCCCCGACAUCCCACAGUCCAGCUCCGCCAUCUCCCGCUCCUCAAAGUCCCUAUCAAACUCCUCCACAACAACCUCCAACUGGUUCUUCAAGCAUUCCUUAUUCAGGAGGUGGUUCCAAUGCUCCAAUAAAUCAUCAACCAUAUCCUGGGGGUUAUCCCAUGCAUGGACCUUCAAAUGCACCUGAACAUCAGGCUGGCCAUCCUGGAGGACAUCUAAUGAGUCCACAGCCUGGAGGAUCCCAAAAUGCCCCACCCGGUGGUUACCCUCAAGGGCAUCCAGGUGGCCCAGCGUAUAUACAUCCACCUCAAAGUCACAGUCAAGGUCCUCCUGGUAGUCCGCACAUGCAAAAUGGACCUCCUUCCCAUCCUCAACAUCCACCUCAACCCCAUCCUCCUCAUCCAGGCAGUCAACAUCCACUCCCACCUCAAAGCCAUCAUCCAUCUCAGGGAGCUCCUAUACCUACACAAGGUCAUCCGACUGCUCCAUUGCAUCCACAACAGCAUUCAGGAAUAUCACAUCCUGGAGCUCCUCCACAUAGUAUGCCACCACAAGGAGCUUACCAAGGACAUCCCAUGCAUUCCAGACCAAAUCCUGUUUCUCCUGGGACCCAAGGUGUUCCUCCCAGAGCAGGUCCAUCAGCAGAAAAUAUAACUGCCUUGCAAAAAGCUAUUGAUACCAUGGAAGAGAAGGGCAUGCAAGAUGACCAAAGAUAUUCCCAACUCUUAGCUCUUAGAGCCCGUACAGCUCAAGCUCAGGCCAACUCAGCUUUGACUCCCAUUCAGAUGAAUAUAUUGAGAAACCAGAUCAUGGCCUACAGGUGUUUAGCUAGGAAUCAACCUGUUCCUCAUUCAGUCAUGAUGGCAUUGCAGGGCAAAAAACCAGAUGGUAGCCCUUUAUAUACGCCAUAUCCACAAUCAGGAAGUACACCAACAGGUGAAUUAUCCAACGAUCCUAAUGCCGAUCAGGCAGCCGCUCCAGCUGCAGGUGGAGUAAAACCGGGACUAGCAGGAGCAACUGGGGGAUCUCAGGAAACACAAAGAACUGGAAACAAUCAGCUUGUUCCCCAACAGCAGGGUAAACAAAAUCGAGUGACUACGAUGCCUAAGCCGUGUGGGAUUGAUCCCAUUAUUUUACUGCAAGAGAGGGAGAAUCGGGUUGCUGCUAGGAUUGCAGCAAGGAUCGAGGUCGUUAGCAAUUUACCCUCUGACAUGUGCGAGAAGUUAAGAUUGAGGGCUCAAAUUGAGCUCCGUGCGUUGAGAUGCCUCAACUUUCAAAGGCAACUCAGGAGUGAGAUUCUGAGUUGUAUCAGAAGAGACACAACGCUGGAAACUGCUGUUAAUAUUAAGGCUUAUAAAAGAACCAAACGCCAGGGUCUUCGCGAGGCUAGAGCGACAGAGAAACUUGAGAAACAGCAAAAACUGGAGGCUGAGCGCAAACGCAGACAGAAAAAUCAAGAAUUUCUUAACUGUGUGCUACAGCACACAAAAGAUUUCAAAGAGUUUCACAAAACAGCUCAAGGGAAGCUUUCUAAAAUUAAUAAAGCAAUCAUUAAUUAUCACGCUAAUGCGGAACGGGAACAGAAAAAGGAGCAAGAACGCAUAGAGAAAGAGCGUAUGAGAAGAUUGAUGGCAGAAGACGAAGAAGGUUAUAGAAAAUUGAUUGAUCAAAAGAAAGACAAACGUCUGGCAUUCCUUUUGUCACAGACUGAUGAAUACAUUGCUAGUUUGACUGAGAUGGUGAAGCAGCAUAAAGAAGAACAGACACGCAAGAAGAAAGAGGAAGAGAGAAGGAAGAAAAGGCAACAAAGAAUGCAGGAGCCUGAUCGAAAGGUUGUGGUAAUGGAGGCGGCCACUGGGAAAAAAUUAAAAGGGGAGCAGGCACCUACUUUCAGGCAGGCCCAAGAAUGGCUGCAACAGCAUCCUGGUUGGGAAAUGGUGGAUACCGAUGAUGAAGAUGAUGAAAAAAGUGAUGAACAGAAAGAGGUGGAAGAAGACGAAGCAAAAGCUAUUAUUAAGAAAGCUAAGUCAGAAGAUGAUGAGUAUCAGAGAAAUGCUCUUGAAGAACAAACUUAUUACAGUAUUGCCCAUACAGUUCAUGAAAUGAUUACAGAGCAGGCAUCUAUUUUGGUCAAUGGACAGCUGAAAGAAUAUCAAAUUAAAGGAUUGGAGUGGCUUGUGUCCCUUUACAAUAACAAUUUGAAUGGUAUUUUGGCCGAUGAGAUGGGCUUGGGCAAAACCAUCCAGACUAUUGCCUUAAUUACGUAUUUAAUGGAAAAAAAGAAGGUGAAUGGCCCAUUCUUGAUUAUUGUUCCAUUGUCGACUAUAUCAAACUGGAUGCUGGAGUUUGAGAAAUGGGCACCAUCUGUGGUAAUUAUAUCAUACAAGGGUUCGCCAGGUGCCAGAAGAACCCUUCAAAGUCAAAUGCGGUCUGCUAAGUUUAAUGUUGUGCUCACCACUUACGAGUAUAUUAUCAAGGAUAAGAGUGUGCUUUCAAAAAUACCCUUCAAGUACAUGAUCAUAGACGAGGGACACAGAAUGAAGAACCAUCAUUGCAAGUUGACCCAAGUGUUGAAUACUCAUUAUUUGGCGCCACACAGGCUUUUGUUGACGGGCACGCCUCUUCAAAAUAAACUGCCUGAACUAUGGGCACUGCUGAACUUUUUGUUACCUUCAAUUUUCAAGAGUUGUUCAACAUUUGAGCAAUGGUUCAAUGCCCCAUUCGCCACUACCGGAGAAAAGGUUGAACUGAAUGAGGAAGAGACUAUUUUGAUUAUACGUCGUCUGCAUAAAGUACUUAGGCCGUUCCUGUUAAGGCGAUUGAAGAAAGAGGUGGAGUCUCAGCUACCCGACAAAGUCGAGUAUAUAAUCAAGUGUGAUAUGUCAGGAUUGCAGAAGGUGUUAUACCAGCACAUGCAGAGCAAGGGUGUACUGUUGACUGACGGGUCUGAAAGAGGAAGCAGCGGUAGGGGCAAAGGUGGAGCUAAGGCCCUAAUGAACACAAUAGUUCAAUUAAGGAAACUGUGUAAUCACCCCUUCAUGUAUCAAAAUAUUGAGGAGAAGUACUGCGAACAUGUGGGCAUGCCUGGUGGUAUUAUGACUGGGCCCGAUACUUUCAGAGCUUCCGGUAAAUUUGAACUACUGGACCGUAUUUUGCCUAAACUGAAGGCCACAAAUCACCGUGUGUUGCUUUUCUGUCAAAUGACUCAACUUAUGACCAUCAUGGAGGACUAUUUGAGUUGGCGCGGCUUUAAAUACUUGCGGUUGGAUGGUAUGGUGAAGGCCGAAGACCGUGGAGAUCUUCUAAAGAAAUUUAAUGACAAAGGAAGCGAAUACUUUUUAUUCUUGCUCUCCACGAGGGCCGGAGGUCUCGGACUGAAUCUGCAAAGUGCCGACACCGUUGUUAUAUUCGAUUCUGAUUGGAACCCCCAUCAGGAUUUGCAGGCGCAAGAUCGCGCACAUCGUAUCGGGCAACAGAACGAGGUUAGGGUGCUGCGUUUGAUGACUGUCAAUUCGGUGGAGGAGAGAAUUUUGGCGGCGGCUCGGUACAAGCUUACUAUGGACGAAAAAGUUAUUCAAGCGGGCAUGUUCGAUCAAAAAUCAACUGGAUCUGAGAGGCAGCAGUUUUUGCAUGCCAUUUUGCACAGUGACGGAACUGAGGAUGAGGAGGAGAACGAAGUUCCAGAUGAUGAAACGGUCAACCAGAUGGUGGCUAGGAAUGAAGACGAAUUCCAGCUGUUUCAGAAAAUGGACGCUGAAAGAAAGAUUGAGGACGCCAAGAUAGGAAUACUCAAUAGGUUGAUCCAGGAGGAGGAAUUGCCGGAUUGGUUGGUCAAGGAUGACGAUGAGGUAGAGACCUGGAACUUUGACGAGACUGACGUUAUACUGGGCAGAGGUACCAGGCAAAGAAAAGAAGUGGACUAUGCGGACAGUUUGACUGAGAAGGAGUGGCUGAAGGCGAUUGAUGAAGACGGAGAUUAUGACGAUGAGGAUGAAGAAGAGGAAAAAGUGAAAAAGAAGCGUGGUAGGAAGAAGAAAAAGCGGGAUGAUUCGGAUGAAGAUGAAGCGCCAGCAAAGAGGAAACGCAAAACUCCAUCGAGUACUAGUGAGGCGAGGAUCAAGAAGAAAAUGAAGAAACUGAUGAGUAUCGUCGUUAACUAUACAGACAGAGAUGAACGUUUAUUGAGUGAGCAGUUCAUGAAACUACCAGGUCGAAAGGAAUAUCCCGAUUAUUACUCAAUAAUUAAAAAGCCCAUUGAUAUUAACAAGAUUAUGAACUAUAUUGAAGACGGGAAGUAUUCCGACAUCGACGACCUCGAACGGGACUUCAUCUUGCUUUGUCAGAACGCACAAAUCUUUAACGAAGAAGCGUCGAUUAUCUAUGAAGACAGCAUCGUCCUGCAAUCGGUAUUUUCGAACGCUCGUCAAAAGAUCGAAGCGAACGAGUCUGAAUCAGAAAAGGAGGAGUCAGAGUCUGAACCACCACCGAAAAGGAAGAAGGAGAAGGAACCAAAAGAAAAGAGGAAAAGAGGCAGACCAAAGCGGGUGGUCAAGAAGUAUGUGUCGGAGGACGAGGACGAUGAUUAAAGGUACAGGGUACAUUUGUGUAGUAUUUCUUGGAUUUAUUGAUAAUGAUAUAUUUUUUCUUUACCAUGUGUUAAGUUACUGCGAAUCUCAGUAAAAAUUUCUUCUGUUUUGUCCCAUUCCUAGAUCAUAAGCUUGUAGGAUAUAGAAAUAUGUGUCUGAAUAAGGACAGGUGAAUUAAGAAGUGUACUUUAUUAUAUUUUACCAAGAUUUAGAUUAUUGAUUUCAAUUUUUAUGAUUCUGCAUUUGCGUCAUUGAUAAAGCCUUAGAAACAGUUCCUAGCCAUUCUUGUGACCUUAGGAAUUUUAUAAAUUCUACUUAACUUUGAUUGGAUUCACUUUUUCCAGCCAGUUUUUUUUCUUGUUUAGAAUUAAAGCAUAAUUUGUAAUGGCGUUGAAUGUUAGAUGUAUACGGUUUUUACUUGACGCGAAUAUAUGUAUCGCGAUUGAAAUAUGAUAUAGGGCGUAAUGCAAAAUUUUUGAUUUGUCCAGGAUUACCAGUUUUGUUUAUGUAAUGCAGUUUAAUAUAUACAAGUUAUAUAAUCUGCAGGAAUAUAAAC